AUGAUUCAAAGCUCCUCUCAAUCGUCAUCCAAACUCGUUUCUUCUUUUGAUGAAUAUGGUCUGUCAUUUUCUUCUACUGGUAUUAACACUUCACAUCCACUUGAUUCCUUCUUCCCUUCAUGCGAAAAUUCCUGUGAUUGUCCUUCUCAUGGAGGAGAAGAAGAAGGAUCACUCAUGUUGAAUUUGGAUGUGAAUGAUUUCAUGACUUGUUAUCUUCACAUGAAGAGUAGUAGUAAUACCACAUCUACUACUACUACUACUACUACUACCACUACUCAUUGCUCAACAUUGAACUUCUUCUUCAUCCAAAACGCUCAAAAUUCAUCAACCACCACCAUCGCCGCUAAGAAUAUGGAGAAUUUUUCCACCCUCUUGACUUCACCACCACACAAACCUUCAUGCUCCACUGUACCAACACUAAUUCCAACAACAACAACACCCUCCCAAUCUUGCAAGUCUCCUUCUGCGCCUCAAUUAUUAUUCGUCCAUGCCAACUCGAAACAACAACAACAACCCUCAUUGAAGAACACUACUCGUUGCCAAAACUCCUCAACAAAUCCUCCAAAUCCUGAAUCGAUGCAAUUUACAUUUCCUUCUUGGACCUUUCAUCUGGUUGAUACAUCUACCAGUCCAGAGGAAUCGAAUGUAUCUAAAACAAGUUCUUUAUUCUCACCUUCCUCCUCCUCCUCCUCCUCAGAUAGGAAUUCAUCUCAUGGAGAAUCUUCAUCCUCUUCUUCAACGUCUUUGAUAACAAUGGGAACCGCUGCAAGUACUACUUCAACCAUAAGUUCGAGUGAGAAGAAUUUUCAUAAUAACGGAUUUAAAUUUAAGGUACAAACAAUUUCUCCAUUUCAUUCCUUGUAA